AUGAACGUGCUGGGAGACAACCCCACAAUAUGGGUGUUCGGUUACGGGUCGUUGCUGUGGAAACCGGACUUCCGGUUUAAGUCGAAGAAAAUUGGGUAUAUCAAAGACUACGAGAGGCGUUUCUAUCAAGGGAAUGAGACGUUCCGGGGCAGACCUGGACAGCCUGGCAGAGUGGCCAACCUGGUGGAAAACAAAGGGAGCCAGGCCUGGGGUGUGGCCUAUGAAAUCAGCGGACGAGAAGAAGUGAUCAAAGUCCUCCGGAAUCUUUAUACCAGGGAAGCUGCUUGUGGUGGCUAUGUCACCAUGGUUACGACCUUUUACCCCAGGGAGGAACCGCAUGACAGACGUUUGACAGGUUCCCACAGAAUCGGCCAAUCAUCUGUUACAACCGAGUUCCAAAAGUCGGGAAAUGACGUCGAUUGCCAGUUUGUGUACCGUGCACACACAGAUUAUUUGCACGGCAUAAAAAGGGUAAAUUCUGAUGAAAGCCUUGAUGGGUCAUCAAGUGACGAUGAUGAGGAUGACUCCAAACAACAAAAUCUACGCGUAACUGAAAUCUUAACAAGCAGCGAAAGAGGCACAGAAGAUGAAUUCACCAGAAACGUAGACAGUAAGGACGGUGAGGGAAACAUUAACUACUUGAUGCAUUAUCUCCAUGAAUUUAGUAAUAUCAAGACAGAACAGUUUUUUAUGGACUUUGAAAACGAUGAUCAUUCCUAUCACGAAAGUCUUUCUUCUACACCCAAGUCGUCUCACCUGCACAGACUGCACGUUGUUGAUUCCGAACAUCGACCAUCGCCAUUCCCUAUUCAAGUUCUCUUAUACACAGCAACCCCUGACAACGACCUUUACCUUGGCCCCGCUGACGUCAGCGUCAUGGCGCGUCAGAUUGUCAGCGCUAGCGGAAGUGCCGGGUCUAAUGUUGAAUACGUCACCAAAACUGCGGACUUUGUCCGGAAGUACAUUCCAGAAGAUCAAGACAGCCAUCUUUUUAGCCUGGACGCUAAGGUCAGGGAGGAGGUUUACAAACAGCACGCUGAGGGUUCUGUGAGACUCCAGCUGGGUUUUGCCGACCUCAACCAUGACUUAUAUGAAAUGGACGUUUUAGCGGAACCAGUCAUGGCGUCAUAG